AUAGAGAGAGAGAGAGAGAGAGAUAUAUCUAUGCAUCGAGUCUUGCGUAUUUCUCUUUUGUAAACAUGGCUUCCAUCGCUCUUCUCUCCUUCUUCCUCUUAUCUGCAUUCCUAACUAGUGUCUGUGGAAAUGCCGAGCUGAAAGUGCUCAUGGAAAUGAAAGCCUCUUUGGACCCGGAAAAUCGCUUCCUCUCUUCAUGGACGGAAGAAGGAGAUCCCUGCAGUGGCACUUUCGAAGGAGUCGCCUGCAACGAGCAUGGAAAGGUAGCUAACAUCUCUCUUCAAGGUAAAGAGCUUUCAGGUUCCAUUCCUCCCGCUGUUUCCGGCCUCAAGUGCUUGUCGGGUCUCUACCUUCAUUACAACUCCCUCAAGGGAGAAAUACCCAAAGAAAUCUCGAAUCUCACCGAGCUUUCUGACCUCUAUCUCAACGUUAACAAUCUCUCUGGAAGCAUUCCUGCAGAAAUCGGCCACAUGGUUAGUCUCCAAGUUUUGCAGCUUUGUAAUAAUCAUUUGAGUGGGACGAUUCCUACACAGUUGGGGUCUCUGAAGAAGCUGAGCUUUGUUGCAUUACAAUGGAAUCAAUUGACGGGUGCGAUUCCUGCAAGCUUGGGUGAUUUGAGUUCGCUGAGUAGGUUGAAUUUGAGUUUUAAUCAGCUCUUCGGAUCCAUUCCUGGGAAGCUAGCUGUAGCUCCUCAGCUGGUGGAUUUGGAUGUCAGAAACAACAGCCUUUCAGGCAAUGUUCCUUUAGCAUUGAAGCGACUGAAUGAAGGAUUUCAGUAUGGAAACAACAAUGGUCUUUGUGGUAUUGGGUUUUCUUCUCUGGGAGCUUGCGGUUCUUCAUUUAAUGCAGAUCCUAACAGACCCGAAGCCUUUGGAUCGGAUUCGAGCACUAUUGAUACGCAUCACAUUCCACAGUCUGCGAGUGUUCAUAUGCCUUGCAACAAAACCCAUUGUCGGCAUUCAUCAAAGAGCCCUGCAAUUGCUGUUGUCAUUGGGGUUAUUGCAGUUGUGGUUGUAGGAACAGUUGCAGGGCUUUUGGGUUUUAUGCUCUACCGUCGGAGGAAGCAGAAGAUUGGAAGCACAUCCGAUGUUUCGGACAGUCGGGUUAGCACUGACCAGGCCAAGGAUAUCAGCAGAAAGAGCAUCUCUCCGCUCAUCAGCCUCGAGUACUCGAACGGAUGGGAUCCGUUGACCAAUGGGAGGAGUGGGGGAGGGUUCUCACAGUCACAUGAGAUUCUACAAGGGCUUCAGUUCAAUUUAGAGGAGGUGGAGUCCGCGACACAGUACUUCUCUGAGGUGAAUUUGUUGGGGAAGAGCAGUUUCGCUGCUACCUACAGGGGGAUUCUGAGAGAUGGGUCUGUUGUUGCUGUGAAGAGUAUCAAUAAGACGAGCUGUAAAUUGGAAGAGGCGGAGUUCUUGAGGGGGUUGAAGAUGCUGACUUCUCUGCGGCAUGAAAAUCUUGUGUGGUUGAGGGGGUUUUGUUGUUCGAGUGGAAGAGGGGAAUGUUUUCUCAUCUAUGAAUUUGUUGCUAAUGGAAGAUUGUCGCAGUAUCUUGAUUUGAAGGACGACGAGAAGGUUCUUGAUUGGUCCACGAGAGUUUCGAUCAUCAAUGGCAUUGCCAAAGGCAUUGAAUACUUGCAUAGUGACGGUCCAAACAAACCUGCUAUGGUCCAUCAAAACAUAUCAGCUGAGAAGGUCCUCAUCGACCAACACUUCAAUCCCUUGCUCUCUGAUUCCGGUCUCCACAAACUCCUAGUUGAUGACGUCGUCUUCUCAACCCUCAAGGCCACCGCUGCCAUGGGAUACCUGGCCCCCGAAUACACUACCGUUGGUCGAUUCACAGAGAAGAGCGACGUAUAUGCCUUUGGGGUGAUUGUUUUCCAGAUCCUUAGCGGGAAACAGAAGAUUACCCACUUGAUGCGACUCGGGGCUGAAUCUGGCAAAUUUGAUGACCUUAUCGAUGAGAAACUUCAUGGGAAGUAUUCCAAAAUUGAAGCAGCAAAUCUGGCUAGGAUCAUGUUGGUUUGCACCAACGAAGCUCCUGAGCGGAGGCCUACCAUGACGAUUGUGAUUCAAGAACUCCGCAAGUGCAGUAGCAAUUGCUAAUGGCCUACCAUGGCGACUGCGAUCUGCAGCUCAGCGUGCUAGCAUAACACACAGA